AAGUAGCAAAAGUUACUUACCUUGCACUUGCAGCUUCCUCAACACGCCAGCCAAACUCCAGAAACGCUAAAACUCCUCCUGUAUAUAAAACAACUAGGGUUUUCAAAUUCCCCGCCAUUAACCCAAACCCUUUCACACACAGCGAAUGGUGAGGGAAGCCGAGAACCCGCCCUCUGCGCAGCCCAACUCCCACUCCGUCCAAAUAUCUCCCUCCCUUUCUCAGUCGAGGCCUUCCGAAGACCCCUGCAAUGGCCGCCGUAACACCAACAGUAAUUCUCCGCUGUCCAGAAAUGAUGCGCAGAGUGGAGAAGACUUUAUAUCAUCAGUGGCCGCGAAGAUUGCCGCUCAGCCGCUUCAGUAUUCCGAUCCCGAUGUUUGGGGCGUGCUCACUGCUAUUUCUGAAAAGGCACGCAAGCGCCACCAGGGCAUGAAUAUGCUUCUGACAUCUGAUGAACACUGCAUUGGUCGGCUAGUAGAUGAUGCCCGUUUCCAGAUCAUUGCGCCCGCAGUUAGUGCUCAUCAUUGCAAGACACUCAUCAGAUAACUAUUCUGUGUUCUUAAAAGAUACUAGCACGAAUGGUACAUAUUUAAACUGCGAGAAGUUGAAUAAAACUAGCCCUGAAGCAAAGUUGCGCCAUGGGGACAUCAUUUCAAUAGCAUUUGUUCCCCAACAUGAACUUGCUUUUGCAUUUGUGUUUCGGGAAGUUCAGAAAUCCUCUUGCGUAUCUGAGGGUGGAUCUCUAAAGAGAAAACCAGAGGAGUACGGUGCCGAGAACAAGAGAUUGAAAGGUAUAGGCAUUGGAGCUUCUGAUGGUCCAAUCUCUCUUGAUGAUUUUCGAAGCCUCCAAAGAUCAAACAUGGAACUCAGGAAACUUCUGGAAAACCAGGUCGUGACUAUUGAAUCCUUGCGCAGUGAAAACCGUGCAGCUAUUGAGAAGCAUGAAACAGAAAGGAGGGAGUUGAAAGAAUCUGUUUCAAAAGCUUAUCUUGAUCAGCUUAGUGAGUUGAACCAGUCUUUGGAGGCUAAAGAUAAGAUGCUAGCAGAGCUAAAAAGAAUAUCUGCUGAGCAAAAACAUGGGAUCGAGGACCUUAACGAAAGACUUAAUGCAUCUAUGCAGUCAUGUGUUGAGGCCAAUGAAAUAAUUAGUAGUCAGAAGGCUUCUAUAUCGGAACUGAAGGGUCUAUUGGAUGAAGAGCGUGACCAGAGGAGAGAAGAGCGAGAAAAAGCUUCAGUAGAUAUGAAAAUGGCAGUACAGAGAGUUCAAACUGAGGCCACAGAGGAAAUAACACGAGUGUCAGAAUGUGCUUUGAGACGAGAGAAGGAGCUACAAGAAAUGAUAAAUAAGCUUCAGGAAGCUGAGAAGGAAAGGUGUUCCUUGGUGGAAACUUUGAGGUCAAAAUUGGAAGAUACAAGACAAAAGUUGGUGAACUCUGAUAACAAAGUGCGGCAGUUGGAGGGUCAAAUCCACCAGGAGCAGCAAGCUUUUGCCAGUAAUAGAAAAAGGAUUGAAGAACUUGAACACGAAAGAAAAAGACUCAAGAAAGAACUUGAGCGUGAAAAGCAGGCGGCUCGAGAAGAAGCAUGGGCAAAAGUGUCUGCUCUUGAACUUGAGAUCAGUGCCGCAAUGCGGGAUCUUGAUUUUGAAAGGCGCAGAUUGAAAGGGGCACGGGAAAGAAUUAUGCUCCGGGAAACUCAGCUUCGUGCCUUUUAUUCUACAACUGAGGAGAUAUCAGUACUGUUUGCAAAGCAGCAAGAGCAGCUUAAGGCAAUGCAAAGGACACUAGAAGAUGAAGAGAACUAUGAGACUACAUCAUUCGAUGCUGACCUCAAUACAGGUGAUGGCAAUGAAAAUCGGUCAAUGGUCAGAAACAAGGAAGAUGCUCAUCAAAGCAACAGCGUUGCCAAGGCAGGAUCAGGCGCACACCAUAGCCAUGGCACAGAUCAAGUUGAGUCAUCAAGUGAUGAAGCAAGUGUGACGGAGAAGCAUGACUGCAAUGCCAGAGGCCAAGAAAAUCCUCUAGACACACAGGAGGUAGAAUUCACCAGUGCUGAAUAUAAUGUUAAUGGGGGGUUUGGCUCUGAUAUCAAUGGUGUUGGCACAGCACCCAUUUUGGAUGGAGAUGCUGUUGGAACUGAGCAGAUCCCCGAAACUGAGGGUGUUGGGACGUCCCCAAUCUUUGAAGGGAAUGCUGUAGAAACUGAGCAAGUUUUGGAGACCGAAAGCCUUGUAAUUCCCAGUGGCAGGAAUCUUGAUUUGAAUAAAUGCAGCACAUUGGAAGCGGAUGCAAUGCCGGUAGACAGUACCAAUGCCCAAGAAUCUCAACAACAUACUGGAAAAGUUUGUCAAGAGCCCUCAAAUCGCUCCCAUUCAAAUAGCCCUGUCAAGGUUCAGGACCCCAUGGAAGACACAGAAGGUGGAGGAACUAUCAAAACCACAGACCUUUUGGCUUCAGAAGUUGCUGGUAGCUGGGCAUGCAGCACGGCUCCUUCCGUCCAUGGAGAGAAUGAUUCCCCUGAGAGUAAAAAUUAUGAGGAAGAAAGUGUCAUACCUGUACAUGAUUCUAGCAGUCUGGUAGCCGAGAGUCAAAACAUCCCAUCAACCAAAUCUGAAGCUGCUGCCCGACGGAACCAUGAGCGUCGAGCUCUCAGUGAGAUGAUUGGCAUUGUUGCUCCUGAUUUGAGGGAGCAGUUUAGUCGGGCCGUUGGAAGUGCUGAUCAGGUGGGUUCUGAAAGAGGUAUGGCUUCUGAUUCUGAUACAGAAGGCUGCAACGAUAAUGACGAUCAUAAUGAAGCUGGCAAUCAAGGGACUUCAGAUGCUGAGACAAUUGGAAGUGAAAGAGCAAUAUCGGGUGACCAAAUGGAUGAAGACGAUGAUACCCAAGCAGAUUCUGUGGGAUAACGAGAAUGUCGCAUGUUUCAUCUUCAUCUUUGUGCAUAAGUUUUAUUUCUCCCUUGACCUGGGCCGAGCUGUGAAUGGUUCUUUGUGAGGAAAAAUGAUGAAUUCCAAAAUUUGUGCGCCGAUUUCUCAAAUUGGUUCUCUUAAACCGAUUUAUGAUUGAUCCCCACCAAA